AUGAUUCGAGGUGAUCAAAGUAAGGACAACAUUGUUAAGAAGCCAGAGAGGAAGAAGGCUACUGAAGGCAAAAAACAUAAGUCUAAAUGCCUUCCAGCAGGCAAAUACUGCCUUAUCAGUUGUGAUAUGGAUACAACUGGACGGAGGUUAAAAGAUGAAAUAUGCCAUAUAGCAGCAUACACUCCGACUAGCCAAUUUUCCCAGUAUAUCAUGCCUUAUGAAAAUUUAAACCCGAGGGCCAGGCGAAGACAUAAUAUUCGUGUUACAACUGAUGGCCGUUUUAGAGUUUUGAGAAGCAAUAUAAACAAUAAGGUUAUAAGAACGAAGUCAGAAAUAUUUGGGUUAAUAGAUUUUUUGAAUUGGCUAGCAGAAGUCAAGUCAAAGUCAGAUAGAGCAGGUGUAAUUCUCAUAUUUCAUGAACCUAAGAAAAUGGUAUCUUACAUGCUCUUAGAAGCUCUUCAACGUUACCAUUUACUUGGAAAGUUUAGUGAAAUUGUUAAGGGUUUUGCAAAUGGACAUGCAUUAGCCGAAGAGAAAUGUUCAGCUACCAUGAAGUCUCUUAACCUUAAAGUUUUAUCCAGAGUCUUACUAGAUCGCGAAGAACAAUUCGAUAAUGCAUCAAAUAGAGCAAAAAUUAUUUGGGAAAUAGCUCAACAUCUUGGUCAAGGUGAACAAAAGAACUUAGCAGCUGGUAUUGGAGAUCCAAAUCGUGUAAUAUUAGGCAACAUGGUUGAAGUAGUUCGCCAGUAUUCCCAUUCUAUUUUUGUAGAAUUAAUUGAACUAAAAGAACUGCGCAAAGUAGCUGAAAGAAGUAGCUCAUUCCAGCCAAUAUUUAGUGCAGCUAGGAAAAUGAAUUAUCGGGAUAUUCAGCGCACAAAUGUUUUAAGAUCAAUAUUGGCUGAAGGCAAAUCUGAUUAUAAUACUAUGAAAAGCACUUAUGAUACAAAUGGAAAACAAGGCCUAAUAAAGGAAUUGGCCAAAUUGCAAAUUACAAGGAAAGAUCAACAAUAUGAUUUAUUAGAGAUAUUGGACUCACAUUUUGAUCCAAAACGUACUGCUACAUUCCCCAAUACAAAAACGCCAAGAAAAACUGUAAAUAGGAAAUUAAUUAAGACUGUUAGCAGUGAUGAUAGUGGAGCUGUGUCUCUUGAUACAACUAGAACAACUUCUCCUUUAAAGAAUGCUGCAGAUAACACUGUGAAGACUAAUUAA